AUGUUAAUUAUUCGUGGAUUAGUGCUCACAUUAUCUUUCCUUUUAUUUUCAGCCAUAGUUUUCUUUUGUCUACCAGCCAGGAAUGUUUUUCUAUGGCACCCAAUUCUUAUGUGUUCUGGAUUUCUCUUGGCUAUGCUCAAUGGUAUACACACAUUAAGUAGAGAUUCCUUCGCAUUUUUGACGAGCAAGUCCGAAAGGAUAAAAGCUCACUGGAUAUUUGAAUCUCUUGCAGCACUGCUUCUCUUCCUUGGUUUUAUUGCAAUCUAUGCUAAUAAAGUACUAAAUGGCAAACCACAUUUUACUACAUGGCAUGGUUUAUUAGGUCUUUUUACAGUUAUAUACUGCAUUUCCCAACUUCUGUUCGGUUUUGUUUUCCACUGGAACUAUAAUUUGUGGCGAAGUGUACUAACUUACAGUACUGCAAGAUUUCUUCAUGCUGUAUCUGGAACUGUAUUAUACUGUUCAGUAUCGCUUACUUUCAUACUGGGAUUCUAUACGAAUUGGUUCCAAUCAAAUAUUACUCUUCUUUUCGGUUCAAACAGCACUACAGUCCUGUAUUCAUGUUUAUUGAUAGUUUGUUUAGGAGCUUUUAGCGUUUUUCUUCAAAUUGUAGUAAAGUAUAACAAUUUUAUUCAACUGAAAUUAUCUACCUCGCGAACAUAA